UAUUUCUGUGGCGUGUUUUCUUGACGAUGACCUAACCUCAAUUUUUCUCAGUUUUCCAAAAAUUAAUAUAUUAUUUAAAAUGAAAAAACACAGCCAUUCUGAAAUUUCGGAAAGUGCAGAAUCAUCAGAAGCAGACGACGCAACAAGCACAAUAGCAAAUAUUCAAACGAAAUCAAGCUCACCUUCACCUAGCGUCUCAGAAUCAGAGGAGGCUCAGACGUCCCCCACACCAGCAAAAUCAAGGGAAAAAGUCUCCACAAGUCCGAAGAAAAAAUCUUCCUCAAGCCCCCUUAAAGACUUCAUUGCCCAACACCCUGAAUACGAGAAGAUUACUUUGGACGAUGUUGUUUCAGAAGAUGAUGAUAUUUGCAUACUGGAAGUACCAAACACAAUCGAUUCGGAUUGCUUCAUUGGAAAAUUAAUUAAUUUUGAGAAAAAAACGAAACUCAAACUCGGUGGUCAGAAAUACGUCAUUGAGCCCACAUUUGAAGACAUUAAGCCAAUUAAUUUAGUUAGUCGCAACAUCAAAAUGAUUCGUCCAGUAGCGAAUCUAAAACUGCGCGAAUACCAUAAAGAGAAACGCGAAGACAAGUUUGUGAAUGUAGAUAAAUGUAAACUCGCCUUACCGGAGAAAAUCAAAGUUAGACAUCCACUUUUUGGAGUUGAAUACAAACAGAAAAUAACACUAAGUGAAGAAGUACAAAGAAAGUUGGACAAUACGAUUGAGAAAGCUUUAAAAAAAAUGAAAAAGAAAAAACACAAAGACGAAACGCUCAAUUCAGAGAAAGUGAAGAAAGAUAAAAAUCAAAUUAAACAAGAAUCAAUCACGUCUGUAGAAGAACAAAAUGAGUCGUUCUUCGAAGCUCUGAGCUCACACAUCGGGGAAAAAAAGAAGAAAAAACACGAGAGCAGAGAGAAGAAAAUUAAACAUGAACUGGUCUCUGAAGUAGAUGAACCAUUGGAGUCUCCUACAGAAGAAAAGAAGAAGAAAAGGCAUAAAGUCUUUACAGACUAUCAAGAGGACAAAAAUGAAGUAGAUGAGACAAUUGAGUCUCCUGUAGAAGAAAAGAAGAAGAAAACACAUAAAGUAUUUACAGACCAUCAAGAGGACAAAAAUGAAAAGAAAAAGAAACGUAAAAGUAGCAUUAAUGAAGGCGUUUCUGCAACCAAUGAAUUUGCUUUAAAUUUUGAUUUUAUGAAUGAAAUUGGAGGUAGCAGUAAAAUGAUCAAUAACGGUCAAAAGCAGAAGUUUAAUACGAGUGUGAAAACAGAAAAAGAUGAUUCAGUCCAUGAAAAAAGUAGAAAACAUUCAAGUACUUCACAUGAUGAAUCAUUUUUUGGUAAUAACAGUUUGCAAGAAAAGAAACUUGAGAAAAAGCACAACAAUCUGAUUAACAGUACGGUAGUACCAGGUUUACAUUUACCACUUUUUGAUUUUGACGUUAGUGGAAUCACUAGUAAAGAAGAUCAUGAAAUUGAAAGAGAACAAUCGCCAGCUAACUCUCAGAGUCGUGAAGAGAAUGAGCAAAGUGUGAAGAAGAAAAAGAAGAAGAUAAAAUUGGAAAAAGAAGAGACAGAUGAGGCAUUAGGGAAAAAGCGACGCGAUUCCGUGGAAAGUGAGGCAACGUCGCCUAAGAAGAAGAUCAAGAAGAUUAAACAAGAAAAGGAAGAGGAGGAAGUAGCCACCAAUUCGUUAAUUUUCGACAUUUUAAAUAAGGUGAAGAGUGAAAUCGACAGCCCUGCGAAACACAAAAAGAAGAAAAAAUCGGAUGGGUAAUUGACUGUAUACAUCAUAACACUUUUAUUUUACCUAAUGAUUUAAAAAAAUAUAAUUUCUUUUAAAAU